UGACUUUUCAGUAUGCAACGGUUGAAAUUCAUCGCAUACCAUGUGUUCAUGUCAAUGUUGUUCCUGGUUUGUUCUUUAUGCCAGCAUUUUCCACAUUUUUCCCUAUGCUACCAUCUGACCUACCUACAAUAAUGGAAUGGCUUAGAACAAAGGUAAUGUUAUACGCAAGACAUUAUGCAUUUUAGGCGUAUUCACUUUUGAAAGAUGAUGGAUUCUCGUCUGAUAGGAAUACGAAUUUUCAACGGCUAUUUUUACUAUUUUGUUCUUGGUAAACAAAUAUUUCUGCGUGGAAUGCAUUUUGUGAAACAAGUACACCAAAAGAUGAAACUAAAAGGUUAUUUUCAGGGCGCUAAAAUAUAUAAUUAUUCAGCGCCACUGCAUGGUUCCUUUAUUCAUGAAUUGUUAAAAAUCACUGUUUUAGUUCUUGACCCACACUCCUAUACCAGCCUCGCUAUCGUCGGCCUCAACCUGGAUUUAUUAAAAUAUCAAGUUGAAAUAUAGCCUUGUUGUAGUUUGUAUAUUUUAAGUACUUUUAAUCGGGUCAUAUUUCUGACCCGGGGUCGGUUGUAUGAAACCACUUUUUAACUACAUUUUGUAGUUAAUUAGUAGUUAACUCUAAAGUGCGCGAUUUUGAUUGGUUAACUGGAUGUCGCGCUAACUGUAGUUACAUGUACCUUAAAUGACACCCUAGUAGACUCCACAUGCUAGCUGCAUAGCGUGUGGUGACCGUGGUACCAGAGUGUGAGAGGAAAUAGCCUGGGUAUGAGGUUGUGUGGGUCGUUGAUGUUUGUGCUAACUGCCAUAAUACGUAUGAAAAUAACUGAAUAGACAACUGUUUGUCUUAUAGUGUUUUAUAAAUUAAAAAGACUCGACAAAUCCUAGACGGAAACAAAUUGGAAAACGUUAAUCAUCAUUAGAACAGUUUCGCACGACAUGUUGUUUAGCAAUAUUUCUGAAAUCACACUAACCGUAUUUAGUAUAAUCGUAGUAGACUAGUAUACUAUUGCAAAUGCUGUAAUUUGAUUGGCUACUCUACUUUGCUAUCUAUUCCUCGAUAGAUAGCGAGUAGCAAAACAAUAAUUUUCUGGCGCAUUUUUUGAAAAAAUGGCUUCUAUUAUCAAAUUAUUGAAUUAUUUUGUGGAAUAUUGUAUGUUUGAUCUCUGAUUCUACUAAAACAAUUAGAUUACUCAUAGACCUCAUAGAAAUCUCGAGCUCGUAAUCUAAUUGUUAAUUAGAUCAAUAGACUAAUGGGGUUAAAUGUAUAUUUCGUUUCGAUCUGUGUUUACCUUACUUCAUUUUACAAACAUAUAAUUUAUUAUUUCCUGGUUAAUUAGGGAGACCAAAGAAAAUUUAAUUCUCUAUCUGAAGUUGAGAUACAACAUACGCCAAAAGUUUUUCAAGUUAAGCUCAAGGUGAGAGAGUUGAUGAUGAUGUCAAUUUCCACUUUAGAAACAACGUCUACUUAAACUUAGUCAUUUCAGGACUUUACCCGAUAAUAUGUCACGUCCUGCUUGAGUGAAACCUUGGUCGUCGUCGUCGUUGUUUGCUUGCUUGUUUCAAUAUAAAGCACUGCGAGCCUUGGCUUAGCCCAGGGCUAGGCUAACGGCUGUGUUGGGUCCAGAAUGUUUGGCGUAGGCUAUUGACCAAAGUUUGAUUACACUAUUAAAAUUUAGGCCAAACAAAGCUUCAGGCCAGGCUAAAACUCGCAGUGUAAUCACGGUUGAAUGUCACUGACAACAUCUGACGACCAUAUUCUGCCCCGUUGACCACCAUGUUUUCCAAAGUUACCCGUGAAGAAAGAACAUACGAUUCAGAAUAAUUUAUACGUCUUCAUGCGUCAAAAUGAUUAAGUCAAUUCUUUUUUAGCUUUUAGCGUCUGCAUUGAGUACCUUAUUUGAUGAAUUAGAACUCACUGAAGAUUGUUAUGCUGUUGGUCAUACUUCCAAGUUGCUUGCAGCGGAACUUGUUAACAUCUCUUCUGCGAAACUGAAAAAGGUGUUUUUUCUUGUAUACAGCUAUUUCAAUUUUGGUUGUCCGCGGGCAAAGCGGAAAAGUCGAAUACGAGCGUGAAAGGCUUGCUGGGAAUCGCUAAAAUAUUAAUGAAUUUUUUAGCGAUUCCCAGGCCAGCAAGCCUUUCGCGCUUGUAUUUUUCCGCUGUAUUCGCCGACAACCUUGAUUGAAAUAGCUGUAUACUGCAAAUGUAGUAUUGACUUCUCCACGCAUGCAGAAUUAUUAAAUGUUUUAUAAAUAAUGCUUUGUUAAAACAUUUAAGGUUACAGGACAGCCUUUUGGGCGUUUUGCGGAAAAUCGCUGCUGCGCGCUCAAUAUUAGUCCGAUUUUCACCAAAUUUUCAGUAAACAUGAAGCUCUGGGACGAUGUUCUGGCUGUGCAUGCAAAAUAUGGUAAAGUUGUAAAAUUAACAAACAAUAAAAUAAUGUAAGAAUGAUUCAGGAAAAUGUUAAAUCGCGGUACCUUUACGUUUUUGAGUUGUUUUCCUGCUGGUUUUAAGAUAUAUUUAUGAAAAUAUCAUUUUUAUACAGUAAAAUAGUUGUUUUAAAAAAUUGUGUUCGGAAAUUUUUGUUUAUUUCGUCAUUCCGCUGAUAUGGCGAUUUCUUUGACGACUGCAAUAUAUUUCUGAAUCGUUUGAGUGAAUUGCUCCUUAGGCCAAAAAAAUGUGGGUUUCCUAUUUCUUCUUGUAAAAACGUAGGUAUAGGGUAGGUUGGUUUUAACUUUUUUUUAAACUUUUUUAAAAAUUUCCUAACAAUCGGACGCCAUUUUGUUUAGUCAGUGCUUCCACAUCCAAAGAUAAAUUUCCGUAAUAUUACCUCAAAUUUCCAUUUUCCGCAAGCGUUUUCCUCUAAGUGGAAACACUUACAAGCAUGAUCCAAUAAAAAAGUUUAGGGUUGGGAUUUCGGCGUCCAAAAGCUAGGUAGGGUCGGGAAACCGGAAACCCACAUAUUUUUUUGGCCUUAUUAUUAAAAUAUCCAAAAUUAGAAAAAAGCCGAACACAAUUUUGAAACUGACGUCUUUUGCUAUGUACUGUGAGAAUUUGAGAAAUAUUCGUUAAAACCCGCAGGAGAACAACUCGUUUGAAAAUCAGUAAUUGCCGUAAAAUUCUUCGGGAGAAAAUUCUAUUUGAAUAUUACAUUUUCAAUGUUUUUCUUAUUGCAGCGAAAGGUAUUUUAUUUAAUAACUCUGCGAGUUUUCAACAUUUUUCGUUCAAACUUGGUCAGAUAGUAGAACUAGUCUAAUGCUUUCAUGGAAACCAAUAAAAAAUUUUAGGCAAAAUUAACACUCAAAGGUGUUCUGUAACCUUAUUCUGAUGACUGCAUGGGGUUUCCGAUAGUCGCAAAAGCUGCGGUCUAAGGCCCUAAGGGUAAUGAUUGAAAGUGAUUGACUAGAGAGAGUCCCAAAUUUAAAAAUCAGAGUUAAGGUUAGGUACACGCCUGGGGUUGGGGUAACGUUUGGGAUUGUUGCGAGUGCCUUGUUGAUUGUUUCGCGCUUUAACUUCAAAAUGUUCGUUUAAUCUUGAACACCAGCAGCCAUCUCAAUCAAUGGCGAAGCCAGCCAAGUGACUUGGUCAUGCUAAAUGUUUUCGCGAGCCAUCUAGGGGGUUCGGGGGCAUGAACCCACCCACCCACCCGGAAAAUGUUGAAAAUUAGAACCCGGGAAAGCCAUUUCCUGCGAUUUGGGCAUUGAAUUCUGCGCUCCAGUUUGAUCUCAAGAUGUUUACUAUGAAAAGAUAGCGAUUUUUAUGGCGAAUUCAAUUUCCCAUCUACCGUGUGCAGAAAUUUCUGUAGUAGGAUAAUAAGUGUUUUCUGAAAAUUCCCGUAUAAGACUCGAGUUUUGGGAAUAUUGAAGGGCGAUUUGUGAAUGUAAAGGCGAAACAAAGAUGUCUUAUAUAUAAUUUAAAGUAGACUUUCAAAAUUUCAAUUGCCUCUGUAGCUCAGUUGGUUAGAAACCACUGACAGCUCAUUUACCUCUGUAGCUAAUUUGGUUAGAGCGCUGCUCUGGAAUCGCAGAUUCUGUUCUUUAUUAGGUCUAAUAAAUGUAUAUAAAUUUCCACUCGAUAAUUUCCGUCUACAAUACCCUUCAACUAAUAUUCAGUCGAGUGAGAUGCCGACAAAAUCUUGAUAUAUAUUUUUUAUAUCCUUUAAUCAUUGGCAGAUCUUUAUCUAAUAUAAUGUACUGUAGUUAGCUAACAGUAUUUACAAUGUAAUUAAAAUAUUAUUUAUCAUUUCAUUUUUCUGUAGAAUGUUGGAAGUCCGUGUACGGUAGUUUUUAUUGAUCGAACAUUAGAUAUGGUUCAAGCAUCAUCCACGUCUAGCAGUAACUUGGCUGAUAAGAUAUUUCAAUUACUGCCGAAACUUCCUGGACAUAACCUUGAUGUAGUGGUUGAUAUGACAAGGCUUAUUUCAUCAACAACGUAAGGUUUUUAAAUGCUUUUAAUUGAAAAUAAAAAGAUUUAUUUUAACUUUAAGGAGCGGAUUGAUAGAGAUUCAACUACCUGAAAAUAUAAGCAGAACUUCGACGUUUCGAGCGAAGGUCCUUCGUCGAGAAGUUAGUAUAGAGAGUUUGGCAACCUACAAUCCUGGACAAAACAUCUGCGACACUUCCAGUUAUACUUGACAAAAUAUCGUAAUAUUAUCGUAAAUUUAGAAAACCUACCCCUUUCCCCCACCAGUUCAAUGUUGAUUGGAUUCGUAGAAUACGGAUGGAACGUCCAACAUUGUUUUGGGGGGUGGAGGGGGGCGAACGAGUAAAUUAUUCCGGUCUAACUGGUAAAAAAAGCCACAAAGGAAUGUUUUAAUAGAGUGUCGCAGAUGGUUUUGUCCAGGAUUGUAGAACGGCAACGGCAACGGGGAAAAUAUAAUUGCUUAUAAGUUAUGUCGUUGUAUUUGAGCCAAAGUAUACGUUACUACACUUAAUUUGCCUCUUUAAGUAUUCCUGUUUCUUUCAAACGUACCCUUAAGCCUGGCGCACACGAUGCGAUUUUAGUCGGCCGAUAAAAAUCGUUUGACAUACCGAUAUACAUCGGUAUACUCCGCACACGAUUACGAAAACAAUACGCUCCCUGAACUGUAGCCGCCAUGUUGCCAAAUAAAUACAAGCACGUGAUCACAGCAUGAAAUCUGAUUGGUUAUACUUAAAAUUCCACCGAUAAAAAUCGUAUAAUAUCAAAACGUUUUGAUGUUGUCAAUGACACCGCACACACAACGAUUUUGUUAGUUUUAGUCAAACGAUUUUUAUCGGCCGACUAAAAUCGCAUCGUGUGCGCCAGGCUUUAAGUAAAAAUAGUCCGCGAAUUCAAAUAAAACACCUCAAAAUGCUCAAAUAACAUCGAACGAAUUAACUGUUGCCGUAGUCAAGCACCGUGAAAAUGAUGCAAAUCACGUACUAGUUUCAACAACUACGGCAUUGCACAACGCUUAAGACCAUGUAAUUUAAGCCUAGUUUCCAUUUGGUCGUUAGCUGUCGCUCGCACGACAAGUGGCUGAUGUAAUAGAGUGUCAACAAAACUUUAUAAAACUCUGCAAUCAUUAAGACUGAUUUGCAUGUAACACACAAAAAGACUAUUGAUAUUAGACUAUUUCACAUAUACCGCUUGUCGUGCCAGCGACAACUAACGACCAAAUGGAAACUAGGCUUUACAUUCGCCUUUGUCUUUGAGCUUGAGGAUUAAUGCUAUUGUUGAUGACCAUAUUGCCGUUGCCGUUGCCCUUGUAUUUGCCAAACUCUCUAGUAGCGGGGAUCGGGAAAGUUGCUUGAGCUUUUAUACUACACACGUAAAAACGCACAAGUUGUAACAAACCUGCAGCAGAUUUGUAGCAAUGCUGUUCCAACAACUUGUCAUCAGGAUGUGUCCGCACUGCAUGCUUGUUCCCAGCUUGUUGACAAGUUGUCAACGGCUUGUUGACAACUUGCUACAAGGUUGUUAAGUUCAACAAACUUGUUACAGUUGUUCCUACAACUGGUUAUCGUCCUGCAAUUGAACAAUUUGUCAACAAGUUGUGAGUGUCUGACAAGCUUGCAGCAACAUGAUGAAAUAACAGCUGACAUGUUGACAUGAAUGUUGACAAGCUUGCUACAAGCCUGUUGCGAACACAUCUUGUUGACAAGUUAUGAGAUUUUUACUACGUGUGUAGUGAAUAUUAAAGCGAUCACGUGACAAAAAAUAAACCAAUCUGAUCGAUUUAGUCAAAACAAAGUGUACACAAAAAAUAUAAAUUCACAUUACAGUAUAUAUUAAUACAAUAUUUUUGGAAACUACAACAAAUUAAAGUAAUAUAUGAAAAAAUAUGGAAAGUAAAGGUGAAAAUUUAGCUAUAACUGCUUUGGGCAGGCAAAGACAGAUUGAGGUAAACAUACGAAAAAGGUUUAUUGUAAAAAUACCAUAGGGGUGGACAGUGCCAAGUUUGGAAAUGAAGCGCAUUUCAUGUCUUUUGCGGUUAUCAUUGCUGACAGAGGGCUCUAAUUUUCAUAUCUGAAACGCUGUGAUGGUCACUAAAAUGUCUGGCAACAGCCUGGCUAGCAUCAUUGCCAGUGACAGCAUGCCGAUGCUAAAACCAUCGGAUUGUUUUAUUUUUGUCACGUGAUCGCUUUUAUAUGCACUAAUAUAAAAGCUCAUGUAGUUUUCACAACCCUCGCUACUAGCGAGCUUAAGCAUGCAGGACGGCAAUGCGGCGACGACCAUAGAUAUAGGAGAUCUAGAUUGCUAACGCAUACCUAGCGCAGGCGGGGCCUAUACAUGAUAAAUCCAAGAUGGCGGUACAAGAGGGCAAAAAGACUGUAGAUUCUACUACGAAAAUCAAGAUUUUUGCAUUUUUUGCCGUCGCAUUGUUUUGAAACUUAUUCGGUCAAAUUUUAUGGUAAAGAGAAACGUACCGCGAAGAUUUUGAGCAUAUUUAUGAUUGAAUUGGAUGAAAACUCGCAAAAUUAUCCAGCGAUAAAAGUUCGUGUGAAAUGGUCAGUUGGUCAGUUGGAGCGUUUUAUUGCCAGAAAUACUGUGCUAUGUUAACAUCUAGUCUUGUGAAUGGUGUUUUAUACUUGCAUCUUUCAUCAUCAUCUGCUCUGUCCUCAUAAUUAUGAAAAAUGAACUGUUAUGUACCCCCCCCCCCCCUUGCUUGUUAGAGAAGUAAACUGAUGAGAGCACUGGAUAAGGGUCUAUCAUCUAUGGUCUGUUAUAAUUUGCUUUCUAUGCAAAUAGUGAGCAAAAAUUAAAGCAAAACUGUACAAGUUACAUAUAUAGUACUAUAUCAGUACUAUACACGAACUUUUAUCGCUGGAUAAUUUUGCGAGUUUUCAUCCAAUUCAAUCAUAAAUAUGCUCAAAAUCUUCGCGGUAAGUUUCUCUUUACCAUAAAAUUUGACCGAAUAAGUUUCAAAACAAUGCGACGGCAAAAAAUGCAAAAAUCUUGAUUUUCGUAAUAGAAUCUAUAGUCUUUUUGCCCUCUUGUACCGCCAUCUUGGAUUUAUCAUGUAGGCCCCGCCUGCGCUAGGUAUGCGUUAGCAAUCUAGAUCUCCUAUAUGUAUGGCGACGACGGCCAAAACAAAUUCCUUCAAAUAAAUUAUAGUAAAGAAAACUUGUCGUAUAUUUUAAUUCGUAUGAAUUUAAUACAGUAUAAGAAGUUGAAAACAUUGGCUUUAUGUUUGGGAAGAGUUCUACUGAACCGAAUUUCAAGUUGCACUUGUGACGGCUUGAAAUGCAGGCGUUGUAUAAAAGACGUGAAAAUCUGUGAUUUGCCGUUGUAAACAGAGCGACGACUAGGCUAUAUAUACGUUUGAAACUCCCCUGGGACUUUAAUUAUUUACAUCUUUUCAUUGACUCAUUGUAUUGGUUACCGUCGCUGUCGUGUUGCCGUCCUACAUGCUUAAGCUCCCUACUAUAAGGGAGUGUUCAUUAUUUAUACCCGGGGUUGGUACCGAAGAGAAACUAAUCGAAAAUAAAAGAGAAAAAACAACCACCCACCCUUUCGGUCAACCAUUUUUUUCCCUACCCAACUAUUGCAUGACUUGGAUUUUUAUUUUACCCAACCCAAUUUCAAAAUUAUACAAGUAUUUUACAUAUAUAGGCUACAUAUAUAUUAUUAUACAAGCUAGGCCACUAUAGUAUAAACAGUACUAUGCAUAUUUGAUGCACUAACUGAACGGUCAAAUAUAAUCAUUUGUACCUUCACAAGUUCAUAUUAUGUUCCCAAGCCUCCAGGUUCCUGCAGUCCUACCAUAUCUCGUUGUUGUAAUCAGAAGGGGAUGGGAAGUUGGACUUUAGUUUUCUUUGUGGGGAAUGAAUGGAUAUUUCCUGGAAUGACCUAUUUUGUUAAAUAUAGGAUUUUCAUAUUUUGUUCAAUUCAAGGUUUGUAUUGAAAAUAAUUUACCCAACCAUAGGCUUUGUUCAAAAAAUAUUUACCCAACCCUUCAUACCCCAGAAAAAUGGCUUACCCAACCAUUUCUCUUCGGUACCAACCCCGGGUAUAAAUAAUGAACACUCCCUAACUUCCCGACGAAGGGCCUUUGCUCGAAACGUUGUAGUUCUGCUUAUGUUUUUCAGGUAGUUGUAUCCCUCUCAAUCCACAGCUGUCCUGUUAUCGUCACUUCCUACACUGACACAGACCGUUCCAGAUUAUUUUUACUUAUUAUAAUUGUAUUCAUUAUUGUAUAUCGUUCAUGGUUAUGGAAAGCAAGCAGGUGCGGUGGCAACAGCGUCGUGAUUUAAAUAGUAUUUUGCGUGCAUUGCUACUUGGCAUGAUAAAUUCUAGGCCUGGUCUCGUUUGCGUUUCGCCACUUUUGGCACCUUCUUCACUGAUCUUCUUGUAUAAUGUAAUUGUAUUAUGUAAAUAUUAAUUGUUUAGUUUUUUAUGUGUCAAAUUAAAGUUGUUAAAUUUAAAUUAUUUUAUUUGAUCUGAUUUGGUGAGAGGAAUACGAAUAAUAUGAUUACCGUUCCUAAUUUUACAUUUCCCUCUUCCAUUGUUAAGUUGUAAGAAUAACGUACUAGUUCCAGGAUCAUUGGCUCACAGUCCUUCACAUAAAGAAGCUCAAAGUUUAUUAUCGUUCAUGGUUAUGGAAAGCAAGCAGGUGCGGUAGCAUACAGCUUCGUGAUUUAAAUAGUAUUUUGAUCAAACGAAUCAACGAUUGCUGAAUUGACUUAAUAUAGUCAUCUCUAAUACAGUCAUCUCUCUAAUACAGACAUUUCUCUCUCUAAUACGGAUACCUUUCUAAUACGGACAUCUCUCUAAUAUACAGACACCUUUCUAAUACGGACAUCUCUCUAAUACAGACACAUCUCUAAUACGGACAGCUCUCUAAUACAGAUAUCUCUCCAAUACGGACAUCUCUCUAAUACGGACACCUGUUAAUACAGUCACCUCUCUAAUACGAACACCUUUCUAAUACGGACAUCUCUCUAAUACAUGCAGACACGUCUCUAAUACGGACAGCUCUCUUUAGCUAUAUAAAACUGACAGCUUUUUUUUAAAGAAAGUUCAUUUGUUAAUGCAAGCGACGGUUUUACUGUUUCUUUCUUUAUUGUUUUCAGGACAGCUUAACAAAAAUUUACAUGAAAUUAGUCAAGAUUUUAAAAGAAGAAUCCAUCUCUGUUCCGGAAGAUACUAACGUCGGAAAAGUGACUACAGACAAAUUAUCAUUAUUGAUUAAUUAUUUUAGGUACUGCAUAUUAAUACUGUAAAUCUUUAUUAUCAGAAAACUCUCGUAUUACUUGCGAUUUUGUAACAAUUGCUUUAGACAAGUAUAUAGGUUCUACAUUACAUUACAUUACAUUACAUUACAUUACAUUACAUUACAUUACAUUACAGUACGUGUAUCAUUACAAAUACAUAAUAUUGUUUUUGUAUACUGUAACCCCAUCUCUGAGAAUUCUCGUAUUUCAUUUAAGAUGAAGAAAUUUAUUAAGCCCCUCCCUCUAUUAAGCCUUCCCUCUGUAUUAACCCCUCCUCCCCUCGCCUUUACCACAGAGACACACACGUGUAUACUGAUUAAUUCACAUUCCCUACAUUUCCCUCAUACUGCGUUUUACCAAAAGAAUGGCUUUGGCUAAACAAACAUUCCCCCUCCAAUAAGUCCCCUUCCUCAAAUAUACUUUAAAUAAAUAAGACGGGCGGAGGGGUUAAUAGAAGAUUUACGUGUGAUUACAUCUUUAUCACUUACAGUAUUAGUAAAAUUUAAAAUUUAUGUAAAGCUGAUAUUAUUUCAGGAACAACAUGGAAAUAUUUUUGAAGCAUUCAGCUGUGUUACAAGUGGCUAUGGCGGUUGUCAAUACUGCAGAACAUGAAGAUAAUUCAUGUCUUGAAGAGAUUCAAAGCACAGAGAAAGUAUGUUGAUAGUUUUAUUCAAUAAUAUUCAUGUAUAACAAGGUUUCACCAAGUGAGACAAUGUAUCUUUGUACAAUGCAGCUUUGUACCGUUGUGCCGCGUUAUUGCACCUCGCGCGCGCUCGAUCCCUCAGACUCUUGAGAGACGGACUUUGAUCCAAGUCUACACAUGUGACAAAGACUAAACUGGGAAAUUUAUGAAACUUAUAGAGUCUUGAAUCGAAUUUCCACGAGUGGAAACACGAUGACAGCCUCGAGUUCGAGCUAUUGAUUUUUGUGCAUUAGAGCAGAUUCAGGAAGUGUUAUUGGAGUAACUAAAUAAGUAAAUUAUUCAUUCAUUUUAGUCGUAUAAUUAUGCACUGGCCCUGUAUUUGGCGGAAAAUUCAUAUAAUGGAAAUAUUUGCUGGCUUUCAUCUUUUAAAGUUCUUUACUUAAAGUGCACCAUAUGGGACACUCAACAUGCAAAACCCGCCAAUUUAUUACCUAUAUGAUGCAAAAUAUCCUUUUAAUUUAAAAAUUAUGUAUUCCAUGGCACUAAAUUUAUUCCAUGGCACUAAAUUGUCCGUAUUUUAGGUACUGACGCCUUUUCGUCUAAAUUUUUCAAUCAAUCAAUCAUGUAAUCGUUGUAUAUAAUCUCACUGGUUGGUGUGCUAUCACACAGGUAUUACAGCUGAGUCUGAAUGAAGAGGAUUCACCAAGUUGUCUGUCACAUAUGCUGAUGUUGUUGAAAAACGUCAGAGAAGGAAUCAGGUACGAUGAAUUCCAUAAAUUCCAUAAUUAGAGAGUUUCAGCAAGCGACACAGACAUCAUGAACGGUAGUUAAUAGAGAGCUCAAGCAAGCGACGUUUUUGGCAACACAGACGUUAAGCGUACAUAAUUUAAUUGUUAGUUAUGGCGUCAGAACGUCAGCAGUUCGUGUUUGAAAUCAGGAACGCCAGUUAAUGCAGUUCAGUAAACUCUAUACAAACUGGAACGAUAACUCCGGCUUUGUUUUUGAAGUGGGGCGGAAAUUAAAGCCGUCUUGUAAGUUAUGCCCUAUAGGCCCCUAUAUACGCGGAAAUUCACUGGCAUCAUUUCAUGUAGAAAUUUCAUACUUUUUCAGCCGACUAUUUUCAUGGUCUUAAGAAACUGGAGGAAGUGGUCUUUCAGAAUAAGGAAAUUUUAGAAACAUUUCAUCGUAAAAAGAAAAGUUAUUUGACGAGUGAAAAACAAGACUAUCUAUGAGGGAAUUGAACUAUAAACACAGAAUAAUAUGGACUGCAGUUACAUCAACCAUACCUUUCUAUUUAGUUUUUAGCUUUUAAGUAGAGUGAUUUACCACUAUAAUAAAAUGUACGUGCAAAAGUUGAAAAAUGUCGAUAUAGGAAAAUACACUGUAUACACGCGUGUUUUAUACCCACAAGAGAUCGCUCUAUAGGCCGCCAUGUUCGCUUCACCCAAUCAUAGAGCUUUUUAUCUGGAGUUAUCGUUCCAGUAUUAGUGAGAUUAUAAGCAAGCAACGUUUUUAUCAAUACGGACGUCACCCAAAAAUUAGUAUCACUAAUAUAGGAGGCAUUUUGCAUCAUAGCGCUCAUGUAAAAGCUAUCAAAAUCUUAUGUUUUGUCGUAUGUGUUGAUGAUUACCACAAAUUGACACAAACACAGUUGAUACAAUCACAGAGUAGAUAAGACAUACAGAGACGUAACUGACCGUUGUAAACACUGCGGAAGAUUACGUUUUCAUGUACCCACUUUUUUUCAGGCGACCGGGCGAAAAAUGAUCAACUGCGCGUGCUCAGCAAGUUUAAAGUGAGUCGUCAUCAGGAUCGUCAUCCAAUCAGAUGCAUGCAUCUAGUAACUUGCCGAGCAUGCGCACAAAAAAAGUGGGUACACUAGUUACGUCUCUGUAUGUCUCUACUCUGUGAUACAAUCACGUGCGUCAUUUCAAACAAGAGCGGCUGUCGCCAUCUGUAAAACUUGAUUACUUCCAGGCCCUUCCAGUUGGCGCUCGGGAAUCAAACCUUUUUUGCUUUGUCUCUCUAUAGUAUUAAAGGCUCCCGAACGUUGCAUGCGUUAUAUUUAUGACACUUAUGGCCAAUAAUUCAAAUAAAGGCCAACAAGCGCUGUUAUAUACCACGUGUCUUACAAAGCUUUAUGACUUGAAUUUCAUUUCUCUAAGAAAUUCCAAAGAUCUGAUUUACCACAAUUUCUAUUAACUGUGGAUUUACAAAUCUUGAUAAGAGUGGACAAUCCUGUUCACCAUUAGCCUGCGUAGCAGGCGUUUAGUGCGGGCGGCAGAAGAGGCCCUCUCUUCUCCCGCCCGCACUAUACACCUGCUACGCAGGCUAGUUCACCAUGGGACAUACUGUAAGGAUUCCUUUGAACAAAACUCCUUCCAAUCAUCGACAUUUAUUGUAAGGAUUUGCAGUAACUAGAUUUUGUCUAUGUAGUGUACACAUACAAUACUUUUGUACGAGGUUAACUAUAUUUAAUUCAGUAAAUGACAAAUGAAACUUGGGAGUUCAGCGAUUUACAGUAAACCACGGUGUAUACUAUAGUUUUCGGGAGCAUGCUACUAAUAAAAAAUAACCAGAGAAUUGGCCCACUCACUUGCAUAACGAAGGGCUUUCGCUAAUUCUCUGCUUGUCUAUCAGGCAGAUGACUUUUAACAGCAAGGGUUUCCCUUUGUUUGGUGUGAACGGGUAUUGGUUUUAUUUCUUAGCGUGCAACAGUUCAUUUUUCCACUUGUUCUCUCUAGCGUUUUGAAUUAAAUGCAGAUGUAUUUUGUUCUCUGUAGGUCGUACUGUCUUGAAGAUAUAUUAUUGUUGUUGGUCUAUGUCUAUUCGUUGGUGGGAGAUGAAAGCUCAGAUUCACUGGAAGAAGAAAGCAAUCUUCAGGUUUUUAUUGCAAAUAUUUCCCUGCUGUGGUUUAAUUAAGUAGACGAAUGUAUAAUCUCUGAACAAAUUAUGUUCUGCACGAUCCAACAUUUCGUUGCUCCACGUACAGGCGUGCGAGGUAGGGGGGGGGGGUGGCAGCUGUCCCCAGAGAAUUAAAAGAUCGAUAAGGUGGGCAAAUUUUCAAGGUAAGUUAGGCAAAUUUUCAACGUAGGUUCGCCAAAAAAAAACGGAGGAGAGGAAUUGGAAAGCACGAAAUAUGUAGGAUAAUAGUCAUAUAAUCAAUAGUCAUAGAUAAUAAUUUGAUUGGUCGGGAAAUAUGCACCAAGGUCGGCAAAAAACGGAGUAUAAUGAAAUUGAAUAUACUAUCAUGCCCUAUGUAUAUAAUUAACAAUAGAGAGUUUAAGAUCUACGACGUGGCAAACUCGACGACGCGUGAACGCGUCUCAAUUUCAGCUCACGAAUGAGCGCUAUAAGUACUUUGAUUACUGUAAUAAAUGCUUGAAGCUUUUUAGAAUAACGUUACAAACAGCUAAGUUCAGGAGAAACGAUGUGGUUGCUAUAAGGCGGACUUUAUGUGACACAUCUAACGUCGUAAGAAGCUUUCACGUUGCUGCAAAGAUGUGAUAAUGCUUAUAGUUUAACGUUGUAUUCAGAAUAACAACGUUGAGGAUACCCCUGGGACCACAAAUUAUUCAAACCUUUUAUUUUGCAUGAAGAAUUUCUUUGUUUCGAAGGCGCGUCGUUGAGUUACCUCGUCGUAGAUCUUAAACUCUCUAAUUAUUCACCGAGGUGGAAGGUGAAUAGUGCAAGCAUAUACCUUAAAUUCACAGCGAGACGCGAAGUUAUUAGCAUAUACCAUAUCAAAAUGACGAAAAAACAAUGAAAAUAAACAAUUCGUAUAUUACAGCUCCCGAAUAGAGUAGUUACUGUAUAAACAAAACAGUAUCUAAAAGCAAUUUUAUUAAUUAGAAAUAGUUUUAAACAAAAGUUUGUCGCCUUCUUUUUGUUUGACGGAACCGCAAUUCCGUUCAGUAAAAAAAUCUGCUCGUCUGUAACCAGAACAAAACAUUUCAUUUUGGUCCCGAUGUGACUAGUGCAAUUAAGGAUAUUCGUAGCUGAACAACCAAUCAAGUUGCGUGAAAACAACUAUCCACCUCCUGAGUGUAUGCUAAUACGUCAACUGUACAUAUAAAUUUUUACUACAUGCAGGAUACCAUUAUUCAAGAUAUUUUAUCUGAGAAAUUGACAGUUAAAACAAAAUUCAUAAUUGGUAAGUUGUACUGUGUGCAUUUAUGUUCAUGCUAUUUGUUUUUACCACCAUUCAGGCUUUGAAAAAUUUUAUAUUAAACUUUUUGUGUGUGUUGGUGUUAUGUACUCAGGUGAAUAUGAUGUUUGUGAUGUUACUCUGAGUGUGCAUCUACACCGGGCAAGCUGAAAAGUUUGCUUGGCCACGGUGGUCGCAGGUUCGAUUCCCACCGUGGUCAGACAAACUUUUCAGCUUGCCCAGUGUGGAUGCACACUCAGAGUAUAUAACACCACAAACAUCAAAUUUUAUACUGCUAGCAGUUCGAACAGUUUUUACCAGAGAUUAAUACAACAAUAUGUCUAGACAAAAUUUAGUAAUUUUAUUCUUUUGUUAUAGAUGUGAAGCAAGAUAGUGAAAAAGUAGUAAGAAAUAAAAUUGUUGGAUGCUUUCAAAGGCUUUCAGGAUUAAAACAUUUACGAGAUGAUUUUACAUCGUUCAGGUAGAGUAUAGGGACUUUGUGGAAUGCUAAGUGAAAACAAUUAGAAGCUAGGAGGCAUGGAAUACAAAACAAUGUCAAUUUUUGGUGUUACUAUACUAAAACGGUGUAAUAUAACGGUAUUAGCUGCGAACUAAACUAAGGAAGUCAAGGAACUUUUCAGUUUGACUCGUGUGGAGAUACUCAGAUCGAGUAACAACAAUAAAAUAAGGAAUGUUUAUCAUGGUAUUAUGCUUGCCCCGGGCAAGUUAAAAUUUGCCAGAGAAGUACAGGUAGAUUUGCCAGAAAGACCCCUAUCUUAAAGUUACAUCAUUGUCUCUUACGUAACUCAUCAGUAUAACACUUGAUAUUUUUUACUACAGAGAGUUGUUUAGGAACACAUCAUCUCUUCACAAUCUACGUUCGUACGAACCUAUCCUUAAACAGGUAAAAACUGCACUUUAUUAAAUAUUCUUGGUUGUAGUCAACAUAGGCCUAUAAGAUCACUGUAUAUAUAUAUAUGUCAAACAUGGGAGUUCAACUGUAAAUAUCAGGACUUUUGGCAUCUCACUUGAUUGAACUAAUGUUGAAGCAUUUUGUGAUGGCAAUUUCGAGUGUAAAUUUUAUACAUUUCUUUAGACCAUUUAGGUCUUAUAAAUGUAUAAAAUUUUCACUCGAAAUUUCCAUUAAUUGUAAGCUGCUGUGAUGUUUACCUGUCUGAAGGCGGAUAGUGAUUUUUUCAAUAUCUCGUAAAGAUUUUUUGAAGCGCUAUUAAACUACUGUAUGGAUAUCGGGAUAUGGACCUCACAUGCAAUUAAUAAAAGAAGCUUUAAAUUAUACUUUAAAUAUCGCCUCAUAUUUCUCGUAUAAUUAAUAUUACACUUCAGGCUGCAAGCGGCCCUUGUUUAAUCUACAAUUAUAUUACACUGCAGGCCGAUAGGGCCAGUGUCUUAAAAUGGGCCCGUUUCUGUCUUCGUCGUUUUUUUUGGUUGUCGCAAACGCGACAUACCAUCGAGGCACCUCAGGCUCAGGUACAGUACUACAGUGACCUGUGCAGUUCAGUUUCAAAAUGGCGCCCUUGGAGAAUGGGAGAAUGUUUCAAACAAUUUCGUUAAAAUUGUCAACGAAUUCGAAUUCAACCUGUAUUCUAUGGAUUUUGCAUUGUGUCGAGCUCUGGACCGACUGGAUUUCUUGCGAGUUUAAUUAAUGCCUUUUUCCUUGUGCACGACUCUGAAAAUACUAAAUUUGGAUCGUUGAAUUCUCACGAAAUCGUGAAUCAUAAUAUACUGAAUAUAAACGAGCCAAGGACAAGUUCAAGGUAAAAGGUCGUACUUUUAAUAGAUAACUACUUUUAUUGUUAGGUUUUGAUAUAGGUAAUGAGAACAAUACUGGUGUUAAGUUCUUUGUAUGUUUGCAUGGUGAUAAAAUAUAAUAGGUUUUGUUUGUGGUGUUAUACUGGUGUUAUAUCAAUAAAACGUAUGAAACAACAGUCUCAAUAGGCCUACUAGUUAGCUGUGGGAACGUGAAAACUGUAGAGUGUAGUACGGAGAUGCGACCAAUAAUUGCGGGAACCACUGAACAUUUUCAUGAAAUACACAACAACGGUAACUCCGAAUAAAGACAACAUUUUUUAUUCCACAUUUCGACUUUAUUUAGUCAUCAUCAGGAAUGGAUGUUACAUAGUAAUGCCAAUAUAUACAGAAUUCAUAGACAAAAACGGCGUUCACUUUUUGGAUAUCAAACUCACAUCUGACGCCUGACGGUACCACAACUUUUCGUAAAAACACUCGCACAGGCCAGUAUGUACAUUUUUCUAGCUUUACUCCUUGGUCUUAUAAAAUUGCAUGGGUCAGGUCACUUGUGAGCAAAUUUGUAGCGACAGUACUUUACUUUCAGCGGAGAUAAACACCAUCCUCAAAUUCAUGUCUUGGAACGUGUUUUUAAAACGCAUUUCUACUAAACUUAUAAAGCAAAUGACCCCAAACUCGGACCAAACUCAGACUAACCCUAUGACAACAAUGACAACAAACAACUGCCUAAGAUUUUCAUGCGACUCCCAUACAUAGGUAAACGUGGUACAGACCUAAUACGAAACUUCUGAACUAAGAUGUUAGGACUUUUAGACACUCCUUGUAACAUAAUCAUUUACUGGGACACAAUGACAACAAGCUGCUUUGUUUCGUUGUUGUUGUGUGGAGUGUAAUGUGAAAUAUGGUUGCUUUCCAUUCAAUGGCCUGACCGGUCAGAUCCGAAUUUUUAUCUCUGUAUCAAUGGAAAGAUUUGGUCUAUCUUUCUCAAAUAUUUAGCGAAAAUGAACCUCAUUCUAAUGUUAUCUAAAUUUUCCGGUCAGAUAGGUCCGAAGCCCAAACGUUUUGUGUUCCAUCCAAUAAUUUGAUCGUUCUGACCGAUCUGGCCGUGUUAAUGGAAAGCGCCCUAUGAUAUUGUAAUGGCCUUGCAUGUGUUUUGGUCAAAAGCUGCCAAAUUUAUGCCAUUUGUGAUAAAAAUAAGUAAAAUUCUUAUAUAAGUGCGUGAAAAGGUGUAGGCUAAGGAAGUAUAAGUUGUCAACCGUGGACAGUGUGACCCCGGAGCAGGCGUCUUGUUCUAAAGUUUAGGACAGCCACGCAAAGACAAUGUUUGCUGCACCUGCAAUCGUGGACAAAAGUGUUGAUAAAAUCGAUCGACAUUUUAGGAAAAUACAAUCAAAUAACUUCAUUAGGUCUCCCCCCACUCCUCCACUCAAUGUUGCCAAGAUUUUCCUCUCAUUUUAAACGUAGUUCAACAACAUUGUGUUGGGGGAAGGGGGGGGGGGAUAUUUUAGACAACCUACAGGAAUUAAACUACAAUUUAAACUCUCACAGAGGCAAAUUAAAAUUUUAUUAACAAGUUAUGUCCGCGAUUGUCUGAGCACGGAUCUUAAACUAGUAAGUGUUUUUUGGCCUAUAUUUGCUACUUAUUGCCUGAAUAUCUCUACCGAGCAUUAGAUUGUUUUAGGUUAAACGACGUUUCAUAGAUUUAAAAUGGGUUGCUCUCUGGUAUAUUCCCGUAGGGUUAGAUAAACAGAUGAUACGCGAUAUUGAUUGUCGCAAUCACUUCGCGCUAGUAGCGAUUGUAGUAUAAUGUAAAUGAUGCGCACUAAGACUUGUGCCAUUGACGUACAGGGUCCACGGCAAUCGCACAUUUUUUGUGUUUUGGACCGUAUUUAAUGGUAACUUUAUAUUAGCGACGACUUUCAGCGUAAUUUACCGAUAAACUGACAUAGAAGUCCAAAACCGCUGGUAAUUUGCAGUGUAUAGGUCAUAUUAAUAUUUUGUCGUAAUUCCGUUGCCUUUUUGUACUGCGUUGUAUACUAAACUUCUAAGGUGAGUUUGUAAGAUUAAAAUAUGCAAAAUAAACAUUUUCAAUCUAGUAGCAGAUUAUUAGCUUGAAUAGCGUAACGUAAAUGACUGUGUAGUAAAAUAUAAGCAGGAACGCUUGAAUGUAAUUUGCUUAUGCCUCAGUAAUUAACAAUGCAACGCUUAACCAGACGGUUAACCAUGGCUAUAAAUGUCAGAAAUUAUUCCAGGCAGUGCUUUGGGACGAUAAAUUUUGUAGUUUUUCUAUUUAUUACACAUGAAUGAACUUCCUUUUAAAUGUUUACAUCGUAAUUAUGGUUACCAUUUGCUUAUUUGGGCUUUUAAGCACGGUUCACCAUAAUAUUGAUAAAUAUUUGAUUGUCUUUAAUAGCUUUUGAAACAAGCGGUUAACCGUUGCAAAAUAUCGAAUUUCUGCACAAUUCGCAGUUGUGAUAACUCGAUCUUCUCUGAUACAAUCCUGCAUUUUCUGGAAAUGUCAAAAAUGCUACAAUGACUACACAAGUAUGCCAGCAAACAUAACAUUUCUCAUUAUUGUCGGUGGUUAACCGUCACGGUUAACCAUGGUUAACCGUUCCGCGUGACGUGAAACCAGAGGUAGAUAUUCGCCCCAAAGCACGAUAUAAGGUUAUUUAAUACGAACUAUACAGUUAGCAAGAGCAGAAGAUGCACAAUUAAUUUGUCUAGUGCAUUUUUUCACUCUAAGUGAACUCUAAGUUUAUGUACUGCACAUGCAUGUUGGUUGCAUCAAAAGCACUUGCAAAUCUAUCUGGUUAAAUUAACAUAUAGUGUUGAUCAGCGUUUUUUUGUUUAUAAAAGCACAUAUAGUCGAACAAAUAAUGUUUUUGUCUCGUUUUGAAGCUUAAAAAUCUCGGCUGAAAGGAAUAUACAAUGUGAACCGUAAAACCCUCGGCAGCUGAUUGCAUUUUAAGGGGGGAAACUGAAAUUUAUUGGAGACAAUCGUGGACAAAAGUGUUGAUAAAAUCGAUCGACAUUUUAGGAAAAUACAAUCAAAUAACUUCAUUAGGUCUCCCCCCACUCCCCCACUCAAUGUUGCCAAGAUUUUCCUCUCAUUUUAAACGUAGUUCAACAACAUUGUGUUGGGGAAAGGGGGGGAGGGAUGUUUUAGACAACCUACAGGAAUUAAACUACAAUUUAAACUCUCACAGAGGCAAAUUAAAAUUUUAUUAACAAGUUAUGUCCGCGAUUGUGGAUAGAUGGCAGGGCUGUAGAUUAAAAUUUCUGUCAAAGGACCUAUAUAUAGUUGCAGUUUUUGCAACUGCUGCUAGGUAUUAAUAAGUCUCACACAGUACAAAAGAACUGAUGCCUUAUCUUGCCAUAUAUAGAUUGUUGAAAAAGUGUUUGACCCCAAAAAGGCGGAAAUAAACGACAUCGAAUUUAAAUCAGCAAGAUUGAAAGAUUUUAUCAAGAGUGGUUUCAGGUAAGCGAGAAAGUGGUUUCAGAAAACGUACUAUACAAAAAAUAAUGUUUUCACAUAAAGUGUAAAUUUCAAAGCGAAUAUGAAAGUUAGACAUUUAUACUUGCAUUCGUUCGAAAUCGCGAUCUUUCGGCUAUUUUAUGUACUUUAUUUUAUAAAAUUUGGAGUUAUUGCUGGCGAGCUGUGUCAAUUUAAGUAAGUGCAAUUGGAAAUUUAAAAACGUAAGAUAUGUUGAAUUCACAAUUUAUUUAAACGUUCCAAAAAAUAAGUUGGAAGUACACAUUUACUCAACGUGGCCUCCAUUUCUAAAUUCACACAAGUUCGUUCUUUGUCUCAUAUCCAAGACAAGUCUUCUUCCCGAGUUUCCUUUAUUUCGAUUUAAACUUUAUGGGGUGGUUCUUCCAUUCAAUGCAUGCAGCCGGUAUUUGUUGACAUUACGCCAAACGCUCGAUGAAGAUUACGUCCUGGAAAAGCUAUUUGAAAUUGUCUUAACACUGCAACAACUCUUUUUGUUUCGAAAUACUUUUCAACAAUGAAUGUUCUCUCCGGAAUUGUUAGCUUUGGCAUUAUGAAUGGUGAUUGUAAAGUUUUAAACAACGUUCUAAAUUUUAGCAAACUACCUUUAAUUAAGUCCCCAAGGGACUUCGAAGAUUAAUAUUUCGAAGCAUCUAAAAACGAGCGCUUGUACUAAAUUCUUUUUAUUGCGAUUAGCCUUCGUUCAAAAUUUUCAAGAAACCCUUCAUUCGAAAGAUGAAGAAACAAGCUUUAAAUUGAGCCCAAAACGAAACUAUGGUAGUUUAUUUUACGAUAGAAAUAAGGAUGUUUAGGACGACUCUGUUUUUUUUAUACACCCUAUAGACAUACGCCCAUAUGCAUGUAGGUAUUUCAUGCAACUUCGUGAGAUUUGUUUGAAAUCUUUAAGGUUUAUUAAGCUGCAGAAACUGUCAUGGAGACUUUAUCUCUUCAUUAUUUUUAGUCUAUUCAUGAAUGUAUCAAAGCCUCAUCCAAGUGAUCAUCCCGUUCUCUUCUUAUUUGUUGUCGGUGGAGUCACGUGUGCUGAAAUUCAACAAAUCAACGAGUAUAUUUCCUCACAGAAUAUUAAAACUCAGGUAAAGGAACUCACUGCAUGAUUUUACUCUGCUUCUGCACUCGAGCUUGGACACUAGUUUUGUCGAAAUGUUUGAACGUUUUAACGAAUUAUAAAUAUUGGCAGCCAUUGAUCAAAAUUAUUAUAACCCCUGCAUGCUAGAACCAUUUAUCGUGCUUUCACCCUGAAAAGACCAGAUGUUCAGAUAGUGCAUCAUACAAAUUUUGGUGUUUCGUGUUCCUGAACAAUAUAUUAUGAUAUUUGUUUUAUUUUUAUUUUUAUAGGUCAUCAUGGGUAGCACAAAUAUAUUAAACUCUCAAGAUAUUUUAAGUCGUAUAUUUUCUCAAAAUAAUGCUUUGUAUAUGCCUUAUAGUUAAUUUGUAAAUUAUAAAUAGGCCUAAGUGUAUCAUGUACAUUAUAAAUGGCAUAUAUUGAUGUAAAUAUUGAACCAUAAAUUAGUAAAGUUUAUCCGAAUAAUGAAAUGCUAUUAAUAGUAGUUUAUCAACACAUGACAUUCAUCAGGCCCGGCCAGAGGUUUCAGGUAUAUUGACCAUUUUGCUUUUGGUAUACAGUAUUUUAUGUUUAAAUAUGUUGAAAUAUGCAUGGGUAUAAACUAUUCUGUACAUUUACCUAUAUAUUGACUAUUUUGCUUUUGGUAUACAGUAUUUUAUGUUUAAAUAUGUUGAAAUAUGCAUGGGUAUAAACUAUUCUGUAUAUUUACCUAUAUAUUGACCAUUUUGCUUUUGGUAUACAGUAUUUUAUGUUCAAAUAUGUUGAAAUAUGCAUGGUGUUCUCGUCUGUUAGAACGGUCGUUAAAUAGUCUGUAUACAAGGCAGAUUCUCUUUAUAAUUGUCAAAUAACUCUUUAUUUUAUCCCGA